AUGUCGCGUGUGCGCCGUUUUUUGCAGCCUUGCUCCUCCCACUGGGACCACUCUCCCCUUUUUGGGUUACUCAAUCUGGAGACCGUGUGGUUUCUCGUGCACCCUACACAGGUUCCCCAACCUAUAACCAAACCAACCCCCUCUGCGCCUCCUCAUCUCUCAUCCCCGACUUUUUCAUGCCACCCUGCUUCCCUACCUACACCUACACCUGCGCUCUCUGAUACUCUCCGCCCCCCACCACCAGACACCAUCUCCUCCUCCCCGCGCAGCUACUCCCACAAAUCUCACCUACCUCCAUGCUACGACCCCUUGCCUGUGCAACUCACACAUAAAAUCUCUCACCACCCCCACGGCACGAUGGAACAAGACGAUGUCGAAAUGACUUCCCCGGCCCCAAGCUCGGAGCCAUCCCGCAGCCCCCCAACCUCCCCGUCUUUGCAACUGCUCACUACCCCCGAGCCGUCCACAUCCGGUCGCAUCUCCAUGCCUACCCUCCUCCCACCACCCCCGCUUCCUCAGAUCUCUGCCUCUCCUGUCACACCAGCCCCUCCUAUCCACCAGCUGGCCCCAUCUCCUGAUCACAAGCCUUUCACUUCCUCUGUCGGAACUCUGGAGUCAUUCUUAGGGGCAGCAUCUCGCCAGUCUAAAUGGGCUCUUGUGCUCUUGUUGCCCAGCCGCUUUUCCGCCCCUUCUUCCACAGCACCAGCCACCCGCCCGGCUUGGGGUGCGGGAGCCUACCACCAACCCAAGAAGCUCUUCGGCCUUGGACAUAUUGCAGACAAAAUCCUCAUGUGGAGGCGCACGAAAGGCUCCUCGGAUGCCGACCGAUACCAAGCAUUCUUUCCUGUUGACGGUCAUCCCCAUCUGGCUCUUCUAGACCCCCGCUCCGGUGAAAGAUUGGCUGUCUGGGGAAAUCAAGAUGGUCAAGGCAUGGAAUCAUACAAUUCUAUCACAGAUGAUUUAUGGAAUGUCGUUCUUGAAGACCUCGACAAAUUUUUGGAGUCCCAUAGUCUGGAAGACGGAGCUCUAGGUCCCGUCCACCUCCGGGAGAAGUCUUGGGCUGUUCGUACUCGCCGUGUCACUGAACGAGCUUCUGUCAGUUGUCCCAACCUACCUCCGACCUCGGUCAUGGAUGACGAGGAAGCCGCUAUUGCAGCAGCCAUCGCCGCCUCGCUUGCCGAGGCUGAAAAUAACGACCAAAAGUCAUCGGAUAAUGACUAUUCCGACGAUUGUGAUUCUAGUGGUUCAAGUGACGAAAUUUUGAGCACCGAUAGCAUAGCCGGUGAAGGCACCACGUCCGCGGAACAGGCUUCAUCCGGGUCGGAGGAGACGGCUACUCCAUCUGAGGGCUCCAGCGAGAUCGGAUCAUUGAGUAUGGACAUCUCAACAAGGCUCGACGAAACUCGACGUGCCGUCUCAAUGCCUGUCCCCAUCCCAUCCCACGCACAAGACCCAAGCCCGUCGUCGAUCGAAUCUCUUUCGCACUCCUACAUCGAGCGCAUGGACUCUCGUUUUCGCUCCAACACUAACCCCGCGCUGCUCGAAGCGCGUCGUCUUCGGCAAGAACAAGACGAGGAGCUGGCACGCUCGCUCCAAGAAGAUCGGAAACGCAACCUUCAGGAGCAGCUCACGGCUGCCAAGCGCGCGGCAGAGAAGACGCAGCAGCUGGCAGCGGUGGUACGGCUGCCCGAUGAGCCUCUGGAAGACUCGGUGGAGGCGUUGACAAUCGCGCUGCGUGUGGCCGGCGGCGCAAGGAUUGCACGUAGAUUCAGCGGCAGGGACAAACUCAGGAGCGUGGCCGAUUUUGCGACGGCAGAGAUCGGAUGCAUUGACCUUUUGAGAAAAGACCCGAAGAGGGUGCUCAGGAUUGCCGGCGGGGAGCUGUCGACCGGCAGCUGGGAGACAAGGCUGGAGGAGAUGGGGCUUAGCAGAAGGACGAUGUUGAUUCUAAACACAGAAUGAGACCCGCGUGUAGGCAUGUCUUUGUAUCCAUACUUGAGAAGAGGCACUCGACUGGAGGCGUUUGUAGAAAAGGAAUUGUGGUCACCCACUUGUAAAUUAUGUCAUUUCGCGAUUGCACAUGAAA